UGGAAAUAACUUGGAGCUCAAAGCACGCAGGGCGGCGCUAUACAGCUCGGCCAGUUGCGCAAACGGGACUCGAUCGGAACGGAGUUGUUCCUAUCGGCUGAGUAUUACUAUCGACAGGUUUUCAAUAUGUUUAUUAUUAUAUACUUUCUUUGUUCUCUUCUCACGAGCUACGCAGAUUCGGAAUAUGACCAGCGGCAAACAGGAGACGUCAAUAUCCAAGUUGACCUCAAGGAUGUGCAGCUAUUUGCCAUUUUAAAAGGCGACAAAGAGGAGUAUGUGGAUUACGAUUACGCCUAUGAUUAUUCGGAAUUAACUAUAAAACCUCAAAACCGUACCACACCACGACCACUUAACGCCACAAGCACUUCUACUGAACAAAUUGUUACGAGAGAUAACUCAAGCACAACAGUUGCUACAACUACGCCUCUAGAACACACAAUUGCCCCCGUAACGAAUGAUUUGUCGACUUCGUCUGCAACAAUAGUUACAGACAAAGACAUCACGACUGAGAGAAGUCACCCGGAGGUCACCACUGACGGUAAUGUUGGGACGACCAAAGCUGCAACUGCUGCGACUACUCACGGCGCCACCCGUAAACACUGUAGGAAAGGAUACGUUUUGAAUCAAAAAGGACAAUGUCAACUGAAAAUGAACAAUACUGAGAACGCGUUAUUAAGACUGGUGAAAUUAUCUCAGAAACUGAAGUUAAAAAGAGAAAACAAGAAUAGUGAUAACUGAUAAUAAGAAUUGAAACAGUUUUUAAUCGUGCCUAUAAAACUAAUGCCACUGUAUAAAUAUAAUAAUAAUAAUUAAGAAUAUAA